AUCAGUUUGCACAACCCUUCAUGUUGCCCAAUCCAUGACUGAUAUAAAAUAACUCUUACACUGGGAGGACGGUAGUUUCUGGGUGCCACAUCUACUGUAGAAGAGAAUCCAGAGUGUUAUAUGGUCAAAAGAUGCAUUUGAUCCCCCUGCUGUCCAGUCUUCUUCUUUUGGGAACAUCUCUGGCCAACGGACAUGAUACGGAUCCUGAAGGACAAUUACUGAAUUCUGUGGCUGCCGCUGUAGAGAGGCUUGAAAAAAAGAUAGAAGAGGUGAAAAAUGCCUUUUUUACAGUCCACAGAGCUCGAUCCUUUGGGAGUGGCAGUGAGAGAUUAUAUGUGACUAACAAGGAAGUAGGGAAAUUUGCAGCUCUCGGAAACAUAUGUGCCCGGGCCGGUGGCCGGAUUCCUUCCCCUCAACUCCAAAAUGAGAAUAAGGCCUUUGCAAGUGUUUUGGAGAGGCACAACAAGGGAGCCUAUCUUGUCGUCCAUGACUCAGCAAAGUUCACUAAUUGGGCCGCGGGAGAACCGAAUACCGCGGGUGGGACCAAGCAGUGCGUGGUAGCAGAUGCGCAGGGAGCCUGGCGCUCUGGGUCCUGCGAGGAAGACCUCUUAGUGGUGUGUGAAUUUUCUUUCAUCUGAGAAGGAAGACCAGCAACCUGUCCUGAAGAGAGGAGCUGCCGAUGAUAUAACAAGCCGAAAGCCACCCUACCACAACGUCAAAAUGUAGAGCACCUAGAAAUGAUUCCCCCUUUUGUUUCAAGAAUGUUCAAUAAAUACAUGAAACAAAUGUUA